CGACGGGGGUAGAGCAGCGGAGCCGUGCACCACCACCAGAGAGGAGCCGGGCUCGGCGGGCCGCGCAUACUCUAGCGGGUAAUAUUCGCGAGUCGUCCGCGUUCCGCACGCACUACGUCGUCCGCUGUCGGCGACCCCGAUCUAUCGGCGUAUUAUGUAAGGGGGAUGUUGCAAUCAUCAUCAUCGUUCCUCCACGUCGCGGUGCACGCGCCUCGUCUAAUUGGCCGCCGCUGCUGUCACAGUCGCUGAAGAGCCGCGGGAGAGUCGCACGGAGCUCGCACGGAGAGGCGCCUCUCCGACAUGCGAAGAGACGCGUCCGUCGCUACGACGAACUACCACGACGACCGGCGAGGAGGUUCAGCAGCCCCAGUGAGACGCCCGUCCGACGACGAGCGACAGGAGCAUCCAUGGAACUGAAAAUCCUGCUGUGGGCUCACAUCGUGGGAAUCUGCUCGGGUCUGCGCGAGGUACGCAUCCAGAUACCGACGGCCGUGAAGAAGGGUGACUCGGCGAUACUGAAUUGUUGGUACGACACCGAGGGCGACCCGUUGUACGCCGUCAAGUGGUACAAAGGGGGCCGAGAGUUUUAUCGUUAUGCCCCGAACGAGAAUCCGGCCGUCAAGACUUUCCCCAUCGGAAAUCUGACGGUGAAGAAAACCGAGAGCAACGCGACGCAAGUCGUGCUGACGAAGUUGGAAUUGGAGGCGGCGGGCGAGUACAGCUGCGAGGUAUCAGCCGAUGCACCUUCCUUCCACACGGCUUUAGUUUACGCGACGAUGAACGUCGUCGAAUUGCCCUCCCAGAUGCCGUCGAUACAGGGGCUGAAGAGGAAAUACCGUGUCGACGAUCCGCUGCGUUUGAACUGCACAUCCGGCAGGAGCAAACCCGCCGCGAAUCUCACUUGGUACAUCAACGAUCGACAGCCACUGAAGUCGUACGUCCGCACGUACAGCCCGCUCGACACGAACGAGUCGGAGUGGCAGGUCUCCCAGAUCGGCCUCCAGUUCCUGGUUACGCACGAUCACUUCACGAGCGGCAAGCUGAAGAUACGCUGCAGCGCUUCGAUAUACGACAUUUAUUGGCAGAGCACGGAGGUCAGCACCGAGGAGGACCGGCCACGGGUGAUACACUACGAGCCGGCCGCCACUAUCGUCGGCAUCAACUACCUGCAGCCGCCGCCGAAUUUCCAGACCGGCCAGAAGAAGCCGGACGGACAAGUCGGGGUGAAAGUGCUGGGGUCCUCCGCGAUGAGCCCGCGGCCUUCGUCAGCGGGGUUCGCGUUGGAAUUGUUUGCGCUUCUUCUAAUCGCCAUUCGUUAAGCAUAAAUUCAUCGUUCGAGCGCGCUUUGGAACACUUUGCGUAUGUCGACGUGUGCUUGUGAGAGAGAGGGCUCGAGGCGCUUUGUGCGAUGAUGACGUUUCCUCAACGGGAUCCUCGGGUCGCCGACCACCAUCACCGUCGCCGCCAUCACUAUCGAGUCGGCAGCAGCGAUACACAAUACCGGGAGAGCGAAUACAGACCUCCUCGGCCGCGCACGUCGAGGCAACCUGAAAGGCGCGACGCCGGCUUCGAAUGGAAGUGAGACUGAGAGACAGAGGGAGACUGUCGGAGACAGAAGGGAACGAAGGGAGAGAGGGAGGGUUCGGGAAGACUGAGAGGGAAGAUCGAGAACGACAAGGCGAGGGCAAAACCCCCGCGAGACAUUCCCCUUCGAGACGUUCACUUAUCCGAUCAACGAAUGUCCAAAAGCAUUGGCGACGACACUACGGCUGGAUACUCGAGAUAUAUAUAUAUAUAUAUGUAUGCAUAUAUAUAUAUAUAUAUAUAAAUACAUACAUCCGGGAGAUAUUUUAUUAUUAUUAGACCAUGUACUUGCUUCCUUCCAGCGGGAUAAUGUGUUUGCAAUGUGUAGGUAUAUAUAUACGUAUAUAUAAAUAUAUAAACAUAUAAAUAUAUAUAUAUAUAUAUAUAUAGUACGUUUCGUCGCGCAUCGUAUGGGAAGAGAUAGUUUUUUUUUCGUACUUUUAUAACUCAGAAGGACUAUAACGCGUAGCAUGGAUGUACGUGCGUAUUCCUCGACAGACAGAUCAACAUUACAUUACUCUCUGUGUGCGAGAACACUGAACAUUGCGUAUGCGCGAAUAACACACAUACACACACACACACACACACACAUACAUACAUACAUACACGCUCGUGCGCGCGUGCGAGGAAUUGUACACUGCCAUCGUAACGAACUGUGAUGCGUAAAAACGCCCGACACGCGCGAAUACGCGCGCAACACAGAUACACAAACACAAACACAAGACACAAUACCACACUUUCUCUCCAUACGAAUAACUGAUAAGUAAAAGUGUUCGAAAAUAAACUGCCCGCCUAAGUAUUUUACAGUGUGCGAGAAGAUGUACCUGAAUCGGAUAUUCGCGAACUUCUUUUGUGUUGCUACUUAGAGACUAUGUAAUUGAUAAGAGAGAAUGACAAAGCGAGCGGGGAAAGAGAUGUGCUAUAUGGAGUUAUAUGAUGUAACAAGAACAACAAGAAACAACUUUGUGUAUCUCGAUCAUUCCAUCUUUCGUAUUAAAGCGUGACUCAUUUAUUAACUGAGGCUGAUUUAAUUGAUGUACAGUACACGACUUAUGGAAUUUAUUAUAAAUUCAUUUAACUAAAUCGUGUCGUUGCGUUCUCCCCCUCCUCCGGAUGACCCCCCCGUCGCUUCUUUUAUCCCCGCGUAUUUCCGCGUGACCGCGCUUUUAAAUUGUAUUGUAAUAUUUUCUUCGUUACCAUGCGGAGCGUUAUCGCCGUCGAUGUGUACUCUGCUCGUCAAAUAUUAGCCGAUGACAUCAUAAAUUAUAUCCCUCCGCGGUUUAUGUUUAUCGAUAUUCGAUAUCAGCUUUUAUGCCGCAUGAAAUACAUUCCGACCGAGUCUUCUUGAUA